AUGGAACCAGAACAUGGAUUUCCAGAUAGAGACUUGUCUCUUCGACGUGGAAAAACGUUAAGUAAACCGGAACGUGGCCAACCAGCAACUCCCAUGUUGCCAGGAAAAGACAAAAAAGCAUUUGACUUUUGGGUUUUUUUUUCAAGAAUUGUUACAUUUUGGGCUCCAAGUGCUUUACUAUCUUCAAUGGGCGGUCUACACGAUUCUCAAUCACGACAAGCUUGGCGUGAAAAAAUCACAUUAUGUUUCAUUGCUGUUAUUAUGGGUGGUCUUGUGGCUUUCCUCACUGUUGGCUUAUCACAAGUACUAUGUCCUCCUGAACAAGCAAGCAACCCUGAAUCAUUUAUACGUUUUGGUGAUAGUAGUAGUAUAGGACAUCUUGGUAUUCUUGGAUGGCAAUUCGAUGUUACAGGAGCUGAUAAAAGUGUAUUCACUGUUGACGUAGGAACACCAAUGGGCCAAGACAUUACUAAUUUCUUUACUAGAGACAAUGCAAAAAUUCCAAGUUGUCAAGAUCCAAACUUACAAAAAUUCGCUGCUGUAAAACAACCAUUAUGUCAACCACCAGCAAAAUGUCCACUAUUGCCAAUUUCCCCCGAAACUUUUGCAAAAUAUAAAAUCACAAACACCACAAAAAAAGUUGGUUUUGACUGGUCUCAGCUUGCUGAUCUUGAGAACCACAUGGUAAUCAAUGGAAACGUAUUAAACCUUGGACCAUACACAACCGCAAACCCAAAAGCAAUUCCUGGUGACUUGAUGGACACUAUAAUUCGUGAAGUUUUGGAUACUCCUCAUAAAAUCGGUGGAAAAGAUGCUACUCGUAUCUUCUUUAAUAAACCUGACCUGAAAGCUGCCGUCAAUUGUCUUGUUUCAAAAUAUUAUGCCGGAAACAUUGAUAAAGAGACUAUUGGUUGUUUUACCUCGACAAUCUUUUUAUAUAUUUCGUUGGUUGUCAUCUUGGGAAUUGUGUUGGUUAGAUUUGCUAUGGCUUGUGUGUUUGAUUGGUUCGUUUCACAUCGUCUUGCCCUUAAACCAAAACAAAGAGACAACACUAUUGGUGAGAAAUCGAUUGGUGCUGCUUCCGUUGUGCCUUGGACUCCUGGAACAAUAACUGUUUCCAAGGACAUGACAAUGAAUCAAGUUGGAAAUGAUCUUUUCACUGUGUUGCUUGUAACUUGCUAUUCUGAAGGUGAAGAAGGCUUAAGAUGUACUUGUGAAUCUAUGGCUGCUACCGAAUAUCCUGACGAUCGUAAAUUAUUGUUUCUUAUUUGUGAUGGUAUAAUUACUGGCAGUGGUAAUGAUCUAAGUACUCCAGAUAUUUGCGUCAGCUUAUUAGAUAUUGAACCUCAAUUUGCAAAUCCAAAACCUCAAAGUUAUAUUGCUGUGGCAUCCGGUUCAAAACAACAUAAUAGAGCAAAGGUUUACGCUGGUUAUUUUAAUUAUAAAGAUCGUAAACUUCCAACUGUUUGUGUUGUAAAAUGUGGUAAUCCUGAAGAAGAUGGGAAACCAAAAGCUGGUAAUCGUGGUAAACGUGACUCUCAAUUGAUAUUGAUGCACUUUUUCAGUCGUGUCACGUAUAAUGAUCGUAUGUGUGAAUUGGAUUAUGACCUUUUCAAUAAAGUUCAUCAUUUAAUGGGUAUUACACCAGAUUUCUUUGAAAUCGUUCUUAUGAUCGCAAAUAAACGUGAUUCAUGGGUUACAGCAAUUCAAGUAUUCGAGUAUUACGUUUCACAUCAUUUGGGUAAAGGUUUCGAGUCAGUAUUCGGUGGUGUUACCUGUUUACCAGGUUGUUUCUGUAUGUAUCGGUUGAAAGCACGUAAAGGCAAAGAUGAUUGGGUACCAAUUAUCACCAAACCAGAAAUAGUUCAAGAAUAUUCACAAAAUACCGUUGAAACAUUACAUCAAAAGAAUUUAUUAUUGUUGGGUGAAGAUCGAUUUUUGACAACUUUAAUGUUAAGGAAUUUCCCACAUCGUAAAAUGAUGUUUUGCCCAAAAGCUGUUUGUAAAACAGUUGUACCAGACGAGUUCAAUGUUUUGUUGUCACAACGUCGUAGAUGGAUCAAUUCAACUAUACAUAAUUUAUUGGAACUUGUGCUUGUUAGAAAUUUAUGUGGAACAUUUUGUUUUUCCAUGCAAUUUGUUAUUUUCAUGGAGCUUGUUGGUACCGUUGUGUUGCCAGUUGCAUUGGUGUUGACAUAUGGAUUAAUAGUCACUUUGAUUCUUAAGCCACCACGAGACUUGAUAGAAGCUAUUCCACUAAUGAUGUUGAUUUUGGUGCUUGGAUUACCUGCAGUUUUGAUUUUGCUUACGACGCGUAAAUUGAUCUAUAUAGCUUGGAUGUUUAUUUAUUUGUUAGCUUUACCUGUUUGGAAUCUUAUUUUACCGGUAUAUGCCUAUUGGCAUUUUGAUGAUUUCUCAUGGGGUGAAACUAGAAAAGUUGAAGGUGAAGCAAAGGGUGAUGACCAUGGCAAAAAAGAAGGUGAAUUUGAUGCUUCAAAAGUACCAGUGAAACGUUGGGAAGACUGGGAACGUACUAGAAUCCAUGAUAAUGAUCCAUUAUUAUCUCAUGAUUCAUAUGAUGCUUAUAGUGAUAGUCGAUAUGGUGGUAAUGAUUCCGCCUCUGUUCGUUCAAAUAAUUCUCAACAUCAAUUUUACGAUUAUUCAAAUAAUCCCACAGGUGAUCAUGGUUAUCCACCACAAGAUCAAUUCGAUGAUAUAAGGUUCCGUGAAAAUGAUAGAAAUCAUCAAUAUUAA